CUUAUUGCAAAGGGUCCUCUAUUUGUCCCGCUACAGCCUCGGCUUUGACCCUUGUCGUAUACACUACAUCUGCUUAUUUAAGCUGGCAAAGCAACAUGGCCGCCUCGGCCACGGUUCAGAUGACGUCUGCUAGAUUCAUCGACCACCAGACCACCGCCCGUCGAGAGCGCCAUUCCCAUCGUUGCCGUUCUUUGCCCAUCAUUCUCUAACUUUUCUCUGCCUGCUGAUCUGUUGCCAGAAACCGAGUCAUACCUUCGAUGCGUGCUUAAGAAUCAAAGCGUAUUGACCGGCUACCUCUCCUCAAAUACAUCCUUUUCUAUUAUAAUAAAAUAUAAAACACAUUCGCACGACCAUUAUCUCUCUACGCUCCUCAAAUUCUUAUAGCUACUUAUCCUCAACGUGACAAUCCUUGCCAUGUCAUCAGCAAUUGAGAGAUACCAGAUUUCUAUUUCUGAAGAUCGCAUCGCUGACCUCAAUUCACGCCUGGACAAUGCUCAGUUCCCUGACGAACUUGAUGCCGCUGGCUGGGACCUUGGAGCACCACUUGCCCACGUCAAGCGGUUGACUCAGUACUGGCGGAACGACUUCAGCUGGCGCAAGACCGAACAAAAUUUGAACGCUCUGCCGCACUUUGUCACUCCGAUCCAAUGUGAGGGUUACGAAACUCUUAAAAUCCACUUUUUGCACAAGAAGAGCUCUGUGCAGGGUGCCAUUCCCCUCAUCUUCGUCCACGGCUGGCCCGGGAAUUUCCUUGAAGUCACAAAGAUCAUCGACAAACUCACCGAGCCUGAGGAUGGUGGUGUGGCUUUCGACGUGGUUGCGCCUUCGUUGCCCAACUAUGCAUUUUCUGAGGGCUCUCAAAAGCGUGGCUUCUCAAUUGACCAGUAUGCCGAGACUUGUCAUAAACUGAUGACUCGUCUUGGAUACGACCAGUAUGUCACACAGGGGGGCGAUUGGGGUUACAACAUCACUCGCGCUCUCUCCAUCAUGUAUCCAAAGCAUGCCAAGGCAACCCACUUCAACAUGGAUGUGGGUCAGCAGCCAACCUUUUUUAACACGCCAUUGUUGGCGAUCGAAGAUGCUGUCAAACCUCUGACGGAUCGCGAAAGGCAGGGCAUUGAUCGGACCGAGUGGUUCCGCAAGGAGGGCUUUGGCUACAAUCUUCUCCAGUCCACCAAGCCUCAGACUAUUGGAUACGCCUUAGCUGAUAGCCCUGUCGCUCUGUUGGCUUGGAUCUACGAGAAGCUCCAUGACUGGACAGAUGCAUACCCCUGGACUGACGAAGAAGUUUGCACAUGGAUCAGUAUCUACUGGUUCAGCACCGCUGGACCAGCCGCCAACGUGCGAAUCUACUACGAGACCGGCCGUAGUGGCUUCUGGGGCAAACGAUUGACCCGAUUGCAGCUUAGAGCGUGGCAGUCCGGAGUUAAAGUUGGCAUCAGCCAUUUUCCUCGCGACAUUUCUGUCUUGCGCAGCACCUGGACUAGGACAGUGGGGAACUGCGUGUUCGAAAAAGAACAUGCAAGUGGCGGCCAUUUCGCAGCAUGGGAGCGCCCUAACGAGAUCGUGGGCGAUCUGAGGACCAUGUUUGGGAAGGGCGGUGGUGCGUAUGGUGUUGUUGAUGGAAAAUCUGGGUAUCUGAGUGCUCGCUUAUGAGGAUUCACCAGAUUAAAUAAUUUGAUACAUUCAGCUUGA